UACAAUAAUAGCAAUAAAAUUAUAAAUGUGCAAAAUGUAACAAUAACUCAAACCUUACGACCGAACAACUGUGUCGUCGUCCAUGUAUGGAAAGUAGUUUAAUGUUUUGUGUCCGUCGAUAGAUGAUCCUAAAAUUUGGAAGUAUGUUUUUCAGUUUAAAAAAGUUAAAUUAUAGCUUCUACUGCUUGUGUAAUAAAUUUAUCUCAAAAUGGUAGAAAACCUCAAUAAAAAACAAAUAGAAUUUUUUAAAAAUGUUUUCAAAACAGUUGAUAAAGUAAAUAACUUGAUCCGUUCGAUUGGAGACAAUACAACUGAAGCAGAUUUUCAUGACAUGUUAAAUAAAGUGAAUAACGAUGACGUUUUCGAUAAGGAUGGUGAUGGAUUUUUAACAAUUGACGAACUAAAAACUGUUUUAAGCUACACAGGCGAUGGCUUCACAGAAGAACAGAUUGAUUUUUUAGUGGAAGGGAUAGCUACUAGUAGUGAUGGUAAAAUAAAUUACGAAACCUUUGUUGUUGUGAUGUCAACUGAUAUAAAUGAAUGUGACAAAGAUAAUUCUACAACAUCGAGUGAAGACCAGUAAUGUGAGUUACUCAUAACUCACGAAUAUUAGAUGUACUAAGGCGAAAUGUAAAAUUUUUUGUAGUAUUGAGUAAAAUAGGGGAUUGUGACACCCACUAAGAUUCUAAAUGCACUCCAAUAAUAUCUUUUUUUCUGCUAACUGUUUUUUGUUUGUGAUUAAAUGUUCAAAAAAAAUGUGAAAAUAGGCUAAAUUAAUAUUGAAGAAUUUUUGUUUGAAGAUCAAAUUCUUUUAUCAAUCCUUUAAUUUAAAACAAUGUACAGUAUAACUGCCGGCAUAUAUUAAUUGUGUUUUAUAAUUUUGAAAUAAA